CUGCCAACUGCCGCUGAUCCGAGGGCUCUGGAGACAACCUGAGGGAGACCGAAGCUUCUCCCUUCUCCUCUGUUUACCCCGAGAUACAAGUGUCAAAAUUCAAAAAGUAUAUAGCGCGUUAACGUUGCCUAGCUUGCUCCUGGUCGGUGGGGAUAUGACGUUGCAAACCGUAAAAACAUUAACGGAACGUAUGAGGGAGCGCAAUAUGCAGUUGAUUUCAAGUAGUAAGCUUGACAUAACCGUGAUUUCAGUAGCUGUACGAUUUUUGUUGUUGUGAUUGUUAAGAACAUCGAUACCACUGAAAUACUUCGAAAUGGAGGCAGUACAGCGCCUACCUAUGCUGAGUUUUGCUCGAAAAACGAGCCCAGAACCUACUUCAUUUGGUCCUAAACUGAAACAGUACAUCAGAGAUUUCUAUCAUGAAGAUCCAGAAUCAUACUCCAAUGAAAUACACACAUUGGAAGGGCUGCGAGCUGCAGCUGUGUGUGCUGUGAAGGAUUUCUCUGGUGUUUCAACACUGACACGAUAUUACUGUCAGCUUCAUUUCUUGCAGAGUAAAUUUCCAAUGUUCAAAGAUGGUGCAGCAGCAGUCUCUUUCACAUGGAGAAAUGUGUAUGGAAGUAUGGUUCAUACUAUAGCUGAUAUUCGGUAUGAAAUUUUAUGCAUCCUCUACAAUAUGGGAGCAUUACACACACAGUUAGGUGCCUUGGAUACCAGAGUAUCAGCUGAUGGUAUAAAAAUGUCCUGUGCCCAUUUUCAGUAUGCAGCUGGGGCAUUUGAGCAUUUAAAAGACAGCUUCCCACAGCCAGCAGGAGUGGAUCUGGCUGCAGAUAUUAUACAGUUUAUGUAUUAUCUUUCACUGGCUCAGGCUCAAGAAUGUGUAUUGGAGAAGAGCAUGAUGGAUAAUAGGAGACCUAUAGUAACAGCAAAAGUGGCUGUUCAGUUAGUAGAUUAUUACAGAUCUGCCCUCAACACAAUUACACAAGGAGGUGCAGAUAACUCUUCCAUUCCAGAAACUGUAGGAUCAAAAAUAUAUGAGAAUUGGAAAUGUUAUGCGAAAUUCAAAAUGGUGUACCACACAUGUAUCUCUCUACUGUACCAUGGUCAGCAGGCAGAAGAACAGCAGAAAAUGGGCGAACGAGUUACUUUUUACCAAGCAGCAGCAGAGAAAUUAGAAGAAGCUGUCAGACUUUCAAAAGGAAUGGAUAAUAUUGAGGCAAUAAAUGAAGCCUUAACGUUCACAUAUGGCGUUGUGGAAGGAAAGAAAAGGGCAGCGAAAAAUGAAAAUGAGAUUAUGUAUCGUGAAGAGGUCCCACCCUUGGACAUUCUCUCAGAGCUUAAAGGUGCACCUCUUGUAAAAGGCAUUAUGUUUAAUGUUAGUGAUCCAGAAGUAGCAGGAUCUGACAUAUUUGCUCGUUUAGUGCCCAUAAAAGCACAUGAAGUAUCUUCAUUAUCCAGCGAAGCGGAAGUGAAACUGUUGCGAAAAGUUGGUACUGUUAUUGAUGAGGAUGACAAAGAAUUGUCUGUGUUGAUGACCUCACUACAGCUUGACUAUUUGAAGCAGCCUUCAGAGCCAGAAUCACUUUCACAGGAAGCAACAACAUCAACAUACUCAAUCUUGUCUGGUGGAACUUCAACAAGUAAUGAAAAGAUGAUGAUACCACAACAGACAGAAGCUGAUCAUUCUGAUCAUGCAAUUAAUGAGGCUAUGGAUUUUUCCAUGUCAAAUUAAAAUUAAAAAUGAAAAACUUAACUGAAAAGCCUUUCAAGUUUUUCAUAAGUACAUAAGACUUGAAGUGUAGAUAUAUAUUUUAUAACUAAAUGUGAACAGUAGGAUGCCAAUGGUUGUGUAUGUGUAAAGAUGGAGCUAAAUGAUUAUAUCAUUGCCUUUGAUUUAUUGUGUAACCACUUGGUGGUGAUACAAAGAAAUGCCUCAAAACAUAAUUGUAUAAUGUGUGUGUGUAUAUGUAUGUGGUGGUGGUGGUGGUGGUGGUGACAAUGUGCACAUGCAUUCUUGCCUGUGGGCAAGCAUGUAGGGUUGAAUGGAGGUUGUAUGCAAAUAAAUACUGAAAGUAAUUUUACUUUCUGAUGUCAUGUACAUUGUUUUGUAUAAUAUUGUUUUAAAAUCAAAACUAAAUAUUGUAAUUUUGUAUUACACAGUAUAGUUGUAAAUCAUACUUGAGUAGAUAGGGUAUUGUCAUAAUGUGGCUGCUGUUUUAACUAUAGAUUCCAGAAAAAGCCUUACAUUUGCACAGUUAUUUACAUGUGUAAAAUUGUUUCAAAAUGAAAUUUUAAACAUUUUAAUGUGUGAAUGAAUGUCAGGAGACAGUCACAAAACACUGUUAGUUACCUUUAAGAGAGAAUGAUUUUCCUCGUAAGAGGACCAAGGAAUGACAGUCUUCUAAUAAAUGUAAUUUCAGUGUAUGUUUUUACUUGUGGACAAUAUAAUUGCCCAACAUCUACAACAGAAUUUAUAAGUUAUCCAUUGUAAAGUUGGCAGAAGUUUUUAAACAUUAGACUGAAGCUAUUUUUAAUGAAAACAAUGGGUGAAUACCUCACUGUAAUGAAGUAAUUUGGCAUGAAUCACAUUAAUGACUGAAAGUUAAAUAAUCAUGUAUCUACAAUUCAUAGAAUUGAAACUGGGUAAAGGAAUUGUCAUCAGGAAGGCUGAGUUGAGUAGUUUGUUGAAGGUAACUGGAACAGACUGUAAAAUGUCUUGUUUUUAUUUGCUGAAAUUGAGAUGCUAAGAAAGGAGAGACCACUGACAAUGUCCUUCAGUACAUCUUUAUUGCUUAUAGUGGAAUUAAUAAGAACUAAGAAUGUAAAACUUGUAUUUGUAUUUGUAUUUUUUAUUUGGUUCAGUAAAUCUGAAUCUACAGAACAACACAUCAGUUUUUUUAGCUCUGUCUUAUAAUUAAACCACUUUAACUAGAAAAUUA